AUGUCAAACCAAGUCGAUCCAAAACUUGCCCUCAGAUUCCAAGAUCUCGUUGCUAAAUCCAUCGAUGAACAAUGUGAAUUCUUCUUGAAGAGUUUCAUCUUUGCUUUGGGUGAUGAUUGGCCAGAAGUUGUUAAACUUUCCACAACUUUUAAAAAGUAUUUGGCUGAUUCUAAUAGAGAAGGUUCUCAAAAUGAAUUGGAUGAAGCCCAAGCUGCCGAUUUCUUACAAAAGAAUGGUAAAACACGUACAGCCACCCAAAGACGUGAUGAAAUUCGUGAUAUUGACUUGGAUUUUAACAAACUCAUUGCUUUCAUUGAAUAUUUAUUACUCCACUACAAACAUUUAAUUCUCUCCGAAUAUUACAAGAGACACACUGAAUUAUCUGUACCAGCUGGUUACCUCGACAAUCAAUCCAUUGGUAUCACAGGAGUUGGUUAUGCUCUCUUGGAAGAAUUAUUCGAAAUGCCAGCAGGUUUAUCCGAAGAAUUAGAAAAUGCCAUUUCUGAAUUUUAUGCACAAAAACGUGCUCGUGAAAAUCGUUUAAAAGAUUUGGAAGAAAAAUCAGAUUUGGUUGGUGUUAAGGGUUUACAAGCAAAGAAUGAAUUGGCACAAAUGCAAUCUCAAGAUCAAACUGAAAUGAACAAAUUAGAAAUGACACUUAAUGCUGCAAAGAGAAAGGCAUUGAAAAAUCCAAGUGGAGAACAAUUGUUGGCACAAAAGAAGAAACAACAAGAAGAUGAGGAAAAGAAGAAAUUGGAAGAAGGUAGACUAAAGAUGAAAGAUAGAGCUUCAUUGUGGGAAAAGAAAUAA